ACUAAAGAUGGGGCUGGGCUGAAGGAGGUGAUGAAGAUGGCCAUGAGUGAGGCACUAUUGGUGCAGCUGCCGUGAAGGGACCUAGGAGUCGUUCUUUCAAAUUGGUCAGCACACAUGAGGGAAGGAGGAUUGAUACAAGUAGAGCAUGAGGACGCCUUCGUUCAAGAAACAGCGGCCCAAGGGUCGCGAGGUCACCCGUUCGCUGAAGGCCCUCAAGAGAGUGUUCUUCCACCCCUGUGAGUCGGUAGAGGAUGCGUCGAUUUGGUCCAUAUACGGGCUGACUUCGAGGCCCGGAAACUUCUCGACGACAUCCGACGAGCGUGUCGAGGUGAGUGUGAUGGACCAGCACACACAGCUACAGCACGAUGAUAUGUGUCUCUUCAAAUCGGUUUGCAGCUUGGGCGGCCCACAGACGGUGGAGAACAGCACUCGCUGCCUACGUUUUAUAUGUGUAAGUUUGGUGUCUCAAACGAGAUGCAGCAUGGACCUGUACUUCGCUGCGGGUCGCUGGUGGGUGGGCAUGGUGGGCGGCCCGAAUGUGCUCAUACCGAAGCGAUAAGGUACACACACAAAGGACAAGGCACUGGUGUCUGUUUGUAUUUUGUGUGCGCUGUGUAUGUUGUGUGUACCAAUCAGGCAUGCACUGGCAGCUGAGCCAGAUAGCGCAGAACGGGGUGCGUGCUGCACCGGGUGCUGUGGCGGCCUACCCACGGCAGCCCAGCGCCCAAACACGCCAGCAGCUGGCCCGCCACAAGAAAGCCGAGGAGUUUUGGCCUCUACGCAACGACCUGAUGGUCUCUUAUCUCGACAACGCCAUCAGCAAGUCUCAGAGGGAGGAUGCACUCAGAGAUGAUGUGCGUGCAUGCUUUAACAGAGCGCAACUCGACGGCUGUGGCUGGGUACUGGCAGCUGAUGCACCAGAUCAUCAACGCCUGCGAGCACCCGGGGCAGCACAACCAGCAGGUGGUCGAUGUGGCCUACCUGUUCACGCACCCCCGUCUCUGCAUAGGGCUGCAGUGCUUCCUGUUCGGCCUCCGCCGCCACAUCCCCCUCCCCAGCCCCAUUGACAGUGCCGGCCUACCCCCUGGACUUCAGCAACAACCAGCUGAACCACGUGCUGGCCCGGCUGCUCCAGCAACACCCGCUGCCGCCGGACGAUGACCUCAUCGAGCACGCCAUUGAGGUGUGCCAUACCCAUCGGCGGUGUGAGCUGGGGCGGCUGAGGCUGUCAGACACGGUGAGGGAGGUGGAGGCGAACAUGGGGUACCACUGAGAAACAUGGGGUACCACUGAGAAAGGUUGGAGUUGUCGAUGAGUAGGUAGUUGGUUGUGUUGGUCGGUUGGUUGUGUUGUCGGCACGACCACCAGCCUGCCGUGUGGCGUCAUGUGUGUGAUGUGCCGGUCACACACAUGAGGCUGGUAGGCCGGUGUGUCGCUGCGGUGUGAGAGAGAGGCGGACUUAGCACCUAGAGGUGGAUCAAAGGAUCAUCGAUCGUAGCAAGGGGC